AUGCAUGCCAAUCCCGGCCUUCAAAGCUCGCUGACCAGCUCCUUCUCGGUCACUGAUGCCAACAAUGAAGUGGUGUGUCCCUUGAAGAACAACGAUGGCUCCAAUUGUCGCAAGAGAUGUCUCGGAGAAAAGCGCUAUCGCUCCAUGCAGGAGCAUAUCCGACGUGCGCAUCCGAACCACUACAUCCCGAAGCUCCCGGCUACCGAAGAGAGCUUCCUUCUGAUGGUCAACACCCCGCCGGAACAACGGACUCAACUAUCACCACCUGAACCUGCUCCACCUCGUCGUCGACAUGGUCACCACGGUCAUGGUCACGGUCACGGUCAAUUUCAAGAUGUGGCGGAUAGGGACAUCUACGUCGCCGACGCCAGUUCCCCGGCCACUCCUCGAGCUCUAGAUGAACCUCACCCCGCUGCUGCCACCGCUGCUGUCGCUCUCGCUCAAUUACACCAUCAUCGCCUAGCUUCUGACUGGGAUACAGACAUGGAUACCCACUCCGAUACCGAACUCCAUCCAGGCCCGAUGCGCUCCUCUAUUGAACUCCCAUCGCUGCGCGACCACUUCAAGCAGGAGUCCCUCCCACCAUUCACGGCGCCCCGCCCACGGGAACUUCUUCCGUCCAUUCUCAACCAUUCCCCCCCCUGGUCGCUCAUCCACGCUUCCUCCAAUUCAGCGAAAAGACAAGUUUUCCCGGUCGCGCAAAACCUCGAUCUCACAAUCGGCACGAAAACCCAAGCACGAACGACCUCGGUCGAAGGAAUUCCCUCGGCGACCAAGUCUCAGCCUCAAACGGCCGCUUGGGCCCAGGGCAAACGCUGGGAGGAUUUGAUUGAAGCGGCGACUUCUGCGACCGAGGCUGAUGAUGAGAGAUACUCCGAGGCCGGUCGAUCGCCUACGAUCGCUCCACUUCUUGCCAAUUCACUUACCCCGCCACCAUUUGAAGGCCACCGCGGCCGAGAUAGUGACCUUGAACCAUUCCCAUCCAUCGAAUCUUCACUUGAUUCGAUGUCCACAGCAUCUGGAAAAAACUUCCCGUCAUCCGCAUCAGGUCCAGCCCACUCCGUCAAUUCUGAUUCAAGCCCAGUCUUGAAUCUCAUUCCGCCAGUUUCUCAACGCCAGCACCACCGCUUUUCCAACCCAACGCCAGCCUCUUUCCGCAGUAAAGAAAUCCAAAUUUAUUGCGCCCAGUGCAAACGCCCUUGGGCGCUGAAUGAAUGCUUCGCCUGUACAAAUUGUAUCUGUGGAGUCUGCCGCGAGUGCGUUGGCAUGUUCAUCACAAGUCCACCCACCUCCUUCCGAAGUCCAGGAAAUGGCCCACUCAACAACAUGCCGCCUGGUCCAACGAGCUAUCCGACUCCGAGUGCUGCCCGGGGAUGCCCGCGAUGUCGGACAGUAGGUGGGCAGUGGAAAGCUUUCCAGCUAGACAUUAAAUGA